AUGUCCGAUGCAUACAUUGCGGAUUGUGUUACACAAAUUGGAGAACUACAAGAUUUCCUCACUACAUACAAAAAUUGUAAUGUUAAUUUAGUAAAAAUUAUGGAAAAGAUUUGUGAUACUCCUUUCGUGGAGUUUGAUAUUUAUAACGUUUUUGAAAUUAAAGUUCUUAGACAGGAAAUACGGAAAAUGGAAAAUGCAGCUAUGGAUUCUGUAUUAGAAAUGUACAAACUUAUAGUAAUUUACCUUGUCAUUGUUUAUGAAGGGUUCGAAGCUCAUAUUACUCAGAUGGCAGAGCACUGGAUUAAAUAUGUUAGACGAUUUGAUAUACUUUUAGAAGAUGCUUUGAGAUUGGGCAUAAAAUCAACUAUGCAAAACAUGUAUAAAUGUGUACAUGGAGAUGGAACAAUGGCUCCAUCACCAUUGUUAAAGAUGGAUCUCUACCUUGUUGGGAAAAAUAUAACCUACAUUCCCUCAGCAUUAGAAAUUCGAGAUACGUUCACGACAGUUCUUGAAGAAAUUGUCCAUAUAAUGAGUACUAUUCCCCGUCUGUAUCAAAAACUUUCGCUACCUGCCGCAGGCUUGAAAAUGUUUUUUGAAGUUGUAGCCUUGGAUCAAGAUUGUAAUAAAUUGCAGAAAUUGAUUAAUGAGGAAAUUGAUUAUAACAUCGAGCUAGUUAUUGAACAUUUAACAAUGUGGGAUCCCUACAAGCAUAUUUGGACAGUAGAAAAAGACGAUUUUUUGACAAAAUACAGAAAUGAAAAGCAUACUGCACAAGAAUUCGAUGAUCUUAUUAUAAACUACAGUAAUCUUGCCAACUCUAUUCAAAUUCAAGAAACCGUCAAUCAGAUUCAUUUUAUAACCCUCAACUCCAGUGAGCUGAAGAAGUCUAUCAUAUCUCACUGCAUUAUUUGGCAGACUAAGUUAGGAGAAUUAUUACGAAAUAUUACCGAAGCUGAUAUUGAUGUAGUCUAUAAUUACGUCGAAAAGAGCAGUGAAGAAGCAAUGAAGGUCCCGAAAGAUUUGAAAGAGCUGCAAGUGAGCAUUGAAACUUAUGAUCGUUUGAUAUCAGAACUAAUUCAAAUGGAAAAAACAUUUCCUCCCAUUACCGACCAAAUGUUGACACUGGCUAAAUUCGAGGUUGAACUCGGUUCUGAUAUGACGACUCGUCAUGAAAAUAUACCUGUGCUAUGGGAACAAUACUUGAGUGUCUUGGAAGAGGCUAAAAAAAAUCUUGAGGCAAACAAAGACAAAUUCAAAACUGGUCUGUUGGAUCAAGCUGAAGUUUUUAAAGAAGCGGCUAAAGAAUUUUGUGAAGAAUUCUAUAAAACUGCACCAGUUACUUCUGAAUCAACUGGCAAAGAGGCUUUGGCACAGUUGAAAGCUUUCAGAGACCAGCUAAAUGCAUUACGGGCACAAGAACAAGCCAUACGUGAUGGCCUUGCUGUAUUCAAUCUGACUACACCAGUGAAUCUGGAUCUUCUGAAGAUGGAGAAGGAAUUGGAGAAACUGGAAGAAGUCUGGGGUCUAGUAAAUCAGUGGGAAGAGUCUUGGGAAAAAUAUAAAAAUCAAACGUUUUGGGAAAUGGAGACUGAUGAAAUGGAAGAGAAUGUUAUGUAUUUGUUCAGAAACCUGAACAAAUUGACGCGACAAUUAAAAGAAAAAAAUUGGGAAAUCAUUGACACGACUAGGAUUAAGGUAGAUGCAUUCAGAAGAACAUUACCUCUAAUCGGUGAUUUGAAGAAUCCGUGCAUGAGGGAGCGCCAUUGGGAUAGAAUUAAGACGCUCAUGGGCGUAGAAUUUGAUCAGAACUCGGAAGAUUUUAAAUUGGACUUGAUCAUGAAACUAAAUUUCCAAGCUUAUGCUGAAGAAAUAUCAGAAAUCUCCAAUGCUGCCACUAUGGAACUUAACAUUGAAAAUGGGCUUAAAGCAAUCAGAGAAGUUUGGAAAAGUACGACAUUUGAAAUGCAACACCAUAAAGGAGAUAUUUAUAAGAUUAAAACUGUAGAUGAUGUCAUGCAGUUUCUGGAAGACCAUCAAGUACAGCUUUCGUCCAUGAAAUCAACAAAAUAUGUUGAACCGUUUAUCAAAGAAGUAGAUUACUGGGAAAAGUCAUUGGGAUAUGUCGCUGAAUGUAUUGAGAUUUCCUUACAAGUUCAGCGGCGUUAUCUUUACCUGGAAACUAUUUUUACUGGUGAAGAUAUCAGAAAGCAAUUGCCAGCAGAAGUUUUGGUAUUUGAUGCUCUUACUGCCGAUUGGACAGAGAUUACAGCUAGCAUGCAUGCUGGGAAAAACGCAAUAGAAGCUUGCAUAUACAAACCGCAACCUUACUUGUUUAAUAAAUUGAAUCAAAUGGUAGAUAAUUUGGAUGGCAUUCUCCGAGCUUUAGAGAAAUAUCUAGAGACUAAACGUCAGCUAUUUCCAAGGUUUUACUUUAUAUCUAAUGACGAUAUGCUAGAAAUUCUCGGUAAUUCAAAGAAACCGUCUCUAAUACAAGUUCACUUGAAGAAAUUAUUUGAUAAUGUCACAAGAAUAAGGAUUGAGAAGACAAAAGUGAUAGAUUUUAUAGAAGCUCCAAUGACAUUUGACCCAAUCAAGAUAUAUUGUAAAAGGAACUUGCUGAAACUACAACAGAGCAGAAAUAAUGCUAAGUAUCAAGAUAAGGAUCUUAGGACAUUUAAAUCGCUGCAUCGGAUAGCUUGCUGCAAGGCUAUUUACUCUCAUAAUUGGAAUAAACUUCUUUACUUGUUGAAGAAGUGCCCUCCCUGGGAACACAAUUGGAAAGAUGUUAAUGAAGCUGCUUUGUAUACUAGGGCUCUACUAAUUCUCAUCAUGUACCACCCAACUUCUCAAGCACUGGGAUUACUGAAUGAUUACCUGCACUUAGUCUGGUCAUGUCGCUCUGAUGACGUAAAGAAAGCUGUUCUCAAGAUCUUACUAACAUUACCUGAGAAAAUACAUGGUAAUCCAAUGGGUCUACCAGUGGCUAAAGCCAUGACUUCAGAGGAUGGAGAGUGUGUUGAAUGGAAGUAUAAUCUGUUGUUGGAUGGCCCCGCGGAGGUGUGGUUGCAAGGGCUAGAACAUACCAUGAGGGUGGUGCUUAGAGAUUGUAACAUUAAAAUUGAACUUCUAGCAAUUGAUACUGACGAGAGCGGCUCUAAGGAAGUGUCGGUAUCAAAGAGAGCAGUGGAUCAACGACUGGCCGGGACAACUUGGGAUCACUGCUAG